GAAGUGGCUCAACUUUCCUAUAAGAUUGUUUUGACAGUUGGCUGUGCCUAAUUAAAGUCAUUUAAGAAGAAGAAGAACUUUCCUAUAAAUGCUUGCCAGUAUUGUAACUUGUUGACACUUCUGGAAGAAUACUUUUUCUGUUUAUUCAACACAAGUUUAACAUAAAUAAAUAAUAUUUCUUCAAUAUUUUAAAGCAUCUAUAUAUGUAAAAGAAGUCAGUCGUUUUAAUCCUCAUAUGGAAUCGGUUAAAGAACGUUGGAUGUAAUUAAAAAUUAACAGAAUUUUGUAAAUAAAAUAAAAAUGUCGUACACAACAACAACAACAAAGAAAGAAACACUUUCAAUCGGUGAUAUACGUAAAUUCAAGAAUGCAUUAAAAAAAAAUGAUAUAGAUCGCAUAAAUAAAAUAAUAUCCAAAGAAAAUGUUCUACAGGCGACCUAUAGUGGCGAUACUUUUCUUCAUUUUGUGGCCGAAAGCGGCACAAUUAAAAUUGCAAAUCAAUUAUUAAAACUAGGAGCGAAUGUUAAUAUUAAAAAUUUUGAUGGCGAAAAUCCAAUUCUUUACGCCUUGAGAAAUUCCUUUGAAAUGGUUAAAUUACUUUUCAAUGAAAAAACUCACAUUGAUUGCAAUCUUCUUCGUCACGCUUUAUAUUAUGGAACUGAAGAAAUUGUUCGACUAUUAUUACAAAAUGCAAUUGUUGAAAAAAAUUCAGUCAACUCAUUGGAGGAUACGGAAAAUUUGAUAAAAUUUAUUUUAUACGAUAAAAAUUUGUCACUACGAAAUAAAGACAAUUAUCCAUUGUUAAUAUUUUUUGCUGCAAAAAUUGGUAAUAAGAAUAUUUUACAAUUUAUUUUAAACGAUUGUCGUAAUUAUUUGGCAAAAGCUGAGAAAAGAAAAAAAAAUAAGAAACAUAAUUUGGAAAUAUUAAAUAUUGAAAAUGAUAAAGGUGAAACAGCUCUUCACUAUGCUGUGAGUCAAAAACAUUAUGAAGCUAUAAAUUUUCUUUUAAUUGAAGGAAUUGAUGUAAAUUGUAAAAAUAUUGCCAAAUGGACACCACUUCAUUAUGCCGUACGUCUUGAAAAUGUAAAAAUUUGUAAACUUCUCCUUCAUUUUGGUGCCAAUGUUAAUACAAAUGACGAUGGUGAAAAUAAUCCUUUGCAUUUAGUUUGUGGUUAUCGUUUGGGUAAAAUUUUUCGUGGUUUUGACGAUUUGUCAAUUAAUAUAUUUCGUCAAUAUACAAGAAGAAUUCUUUUUAAUUCAAUAAUUAUUGAAUUAUUACUUAAGCAUGGAGCUGAUGCAAAUAGAGAAGGUAAUAAUGGAAAAAAAAUUCUUUUUCACGUUUGUGAAGCUGAACGUUCAGAAGAAAUGUUAAUUCUUUUAAAAUGUGGUGCAAAUAUUCAUGUUGAAGAUUCUUAUGGUAAUAAAAUUCUUCAUUAUGCCGUUGUUUAUACACAAUCAAUUGAAAUUGUUGAUUUCUUAUUAAAUAAUGGUCUUGAUAUUGAUGUGAAAAAUAAUCAAGGAAAUACUCCACUUAUGUUUUUAAUACAAAAAGAAAUAAUUGAUGUUGAUUUAUCAAUGAUUGAAUUUCUCAUUGAACGUGGUACGAGUCUUAGUGUUAAAAAUAAUGAUGGUGAUACUGUAUUUGGUAUGGCAUUGUGGCAUCGUAACAGUGCUGUUAUUUUAAUGCUGUUGGAAUUAAGAGGUGAUAUUUUAUUAAAACGAGAUUCAAAUGAUGAAAAUCAACAUAUAACGGGCACUCAUUGUUUGGGUUCAUACAAUCAUCCAAUAUUGCCAGUCAUUGAUAAAUCUUUAUGUGCUCUUAUGUCCUAUCUUGCGUUGACAAGAAAUAAUAUAAAUAAUUAUUUUCCUUGCUGUUUAAAUUCAAAUAAUGAUGGAGAAGGAUUUAAAUUGUUUGAUGAACUGAAAUUUGAGUUGGAAAAAUUGAAAUCACGUAAGAUUUUAAAGGAGGAUAAUGAUUCAUUUUAUACGUAUUAUGAUUUUUUGGCACGAGAUUUUUCAACUGCAAUUCGAAUUUUUGAGAAUAAAAAAAUGAAACAGGAAUUAAUUUAUAUUCCACAAUAUUCAACCUUUAGUACUUUGCUUCGUCAUCGUUGUAGAUGGACUGUAAAUUUGAAAAAUUAUUUUGAUAUUAUUGUUAAUUUUUUUCUAAAUUACAGAAAAAUGAAUUUGCCAAUUCUUGUUAUUGAAAUAAUUCUCAGUUACUUUUCUUAUCAAGAUUUUAAAACAUUUGGCAAGAUUUUAUCUGAAAUUUAAUGAAUUCUAA